AUGUCCUACCAGGGCUCCCAUUCGCCGUACGAAGAGAGCCAUCGCCUCAAUGACAUGUCUAAUUCGAACUAUGGCCGGGACCGGGAAGAAGAUGAAGCGUCCAGAUCGCUGCUGAACCAGGGCCAGGGACCGUUCGACGAUCCCCACAGCCGCUCGCAGUCUCCUCGUCCUGUGUCCAGGUACAGCCUGACCGAAUCCUACGCGACGGAUCCCUCCGCUCCCCCAUACCAUGACCCUUACAACACCACCGGUUCGACGUAUUCCGGGAACACCAUGGAAAACCCGGCUACCGCCUUUGGCGUCCCGGGCCGCGUGGCAUCGCCCUACGCACGGAGCGAGACCUCAUCCACCGAGGCCUGGCGCCAGAGACAAGCUCCGGGUGGUGGGGGGAAUCUGCGUCGCUAUGCCACCAGAAAGGUCAAGCUGGUCCAGGGCUCCGUCCUGAGUGUCGACUAUCCCGUUCCCAGUGCGAUCCAGAACGCCAUCCAGGCCAAGUACCGCAACGAUCUGGAGGGAGGGAGUGAAGAGUUCACCCACAUGCGCUAUACCGCGGCCACCUGCGAUCCUAACGAAUUCACGCUGCACAAUGGAUACAACCUCCGACCUGCCAUGUACAACCGUCACACGGAGCUCCUCAUUGCUAUCACCUACUAUAAUGAAGACAAGAUGCUGACCUCUCGAACCUUGCACGGUGUCAUGCAGAACAUCCGCGACAUUGUCAAUCUGAAGAAAUCCGAGUUCUGGAACAAGGGUGGGCCCGCAUGGCAGAAGAUCGUCGUGUGUCUGGUCUUCGACGGUAUCGAUCCGUGUGACAAGGACACUUUGGAUGUCCUCGCCACUAUUGGCGUCUACCAGGAUGGUGUCAUGAAGCGCGACGUCGACGGCAAAGAGACGGUCGCCCACAUUUUCGAGUACACCACUCAGCUGUCGGUGACUCCCAGCCAGCAGUUGAUUCGUCCAACCGAUGACGGACCCAGCACCUUGCCCCCGGUCCAGAUGAUGUUCUGUUUGAAGCAAAAGAACAGCAAGAAGAUCAACUCCCACCGAUGGCUCUUCAACGCCUUUGGCCGAAUUCUCAACCCCGAGGUGUGUAUCCUGCUCGAUGCCGGUACCAAGCCGGGUCCCAAGUCUCUGCUGGCUCUGUGGGAAGCAUUCUACAACGACAAGGACCUGGGCGGUGCUUGUGGUGAGAUCCACGCCAUGUUGGGUAAAGGAUGGAAGAAUUUGAUCAACCCCUUGGUCGCGGCGCAGAACUUCGAGUAUAAGAUAAGUAACAUUCUGGACAAGCCGCUGGAGAGUGCCUUCGGGUAUGUCAGUGUGUUGCCUGGUGCCUUCUCGGCCUACCGAUUCCGCGCCAUCAUGGGUCGACCCUUGGAGCAGUAUUUCCACGGUGACCACACCCUGUCGAAACAGCUGGGAAAGAAGGGUAUUGAAGGCAUGAACAUCUUCAAGAAGAACAUGUUCUUGGCCGAGGACCGUAUUCUGUGUUUCGAAUUGGUCGCCAAGGCCGGCUCCAAGUGGCAUCUGUCCUACGUCAAGGCGUCCAAGGCCGAAACCGAUGUGCCCGAAGGUGCCCCCGAAUUCAUCUCGCAGCGUCGUCGAUGGCUGAACGGUUCGUUUGCCGCCAGUAUCUAUUCGCUCAUGCACUUUGGGCGGAUGUACAAGAGUGGCCACAAUAUCGUUCGCAUGUUCUUCUUCCAUAUUCAGAUGCUGUACAACACCUUCCAACUGAUCCUGACCUGGUUUGCUCUCGCGUCUUACUGGCUUACUACGUCGGUCAUUAUGGAUCUGGUCGGCACCCCUGGGACUUCCAACAACAACAGGGCUUGGCCCUUCGGCAACACGGCCACUCCUAUCAUUAAUACCAUUAUUAAAUACAUGUAUUUGGGAUUCCUUCUGCUUCAGUUCAUUUUGGCCUUGGGUAAUCGUCCCAAAGGUUCGAAACAUUCCUACAUCAUGUCUUUCUGCUUCUUCGGUAUCGUCCAAUUGUAUAUCGUCUUUCUGUCCAUGUAUCUGGUCGUGCACGCCUUCAGCGGAUCUGCUCCAAUGGAUUUCGACACCAGCCACGGCGUCGGCGGAUUCCUCAGCUCGUUCUUCUCGUCCUCUGGAGCCGGUAUCAUCAUCAUCGCGUUGGCGGCCACCUUCGGUCUUUACUUCGUGGCUUCUUUCAUGUACAUGGACCCGUGGCACAUGUUCACCUCGUUCCCGGCCUAUCUUUUGAUCAUGUCGUCCUACAUCAACAUUCUCAACGUGUAUGCCUUCAGCAACUGGCACGAUGUCUCCUGGGGUACCAAGGGUUCCGACAAGGCCGACGCUCUUCCCUCCGCGCAGACCAAGAAGGAAGCCGACGGCAAGGGUGCGGUGAUUGAGGAAAUCGACAAGCCUCAGGCCGAUAUCGACAGUCAGUUCGAGGCGACCGUGAAGCGCGCGUUGACUCCCUUCGUGCCCCCGGAGGAAAAGGAGGAACGCACUCUUGAAGACUCGUACAAGAGCUUCCGUACCAAGCUCGUGACGUUUUGGAUCUUCAGUAAUGCUCUCUUGUCGGUGUGUAUUACUAGCGAGUCCGUGGAUAAGUUUGGUUUUACUUCUCAAGCCACGACCCGUACCUCGCACUUCUUCCAGACUCUGCUGUGGGCCACAGCGGUUCUGGCGCUCAUUCGAUUCACCGGUGCAUGCUGGUUCUUGGCUAAGUCUGGUAUUAUGUGCUGCUUUGCCCGGCGGUGA